UAGGACGAAAACUAUUCGAAUGGCGUGUCGGGUUUUCCCAUCGUUUUCAGAGGUGUUGAGAUGGCUAUUCUCGCGCUAAUCUCUCAUGUUUUCUCCUAUUAAGCAAACGAACAUAUAAUAUGCCCCUUCCGUCAACUACUGACCCACUAAAUUAAGUAAAAUCAACUACGUCUAUGUAUUCGUCAAUUUAUUGCUGAAACAUUUUCCAAACAAGUGAUACGAGAGUGUAAACACAAUGCGUAGCACGGCAGUCAAGCUAAGUGAAACUAUAAUUUUCUGACUGUUCUCGGAAAUGUUUCCUCCGCGCGUUAGCGUUUUUGGUAGCUACGUGAUGAGUUGCAUCUGUCCUUGUGCGAGGAGACAUGUAAACAAUGCUAGGCCUCAAAUAGAUCUGCUGAAGACAUAGAAUGUGAUUGGAAUGGAAACUGGGAGACUGAGUCCCUGAUUGGCCGAAGGACUGGGCAGAAGGAAAUACCAAACGAAUCGAUCCUGUCUCGAAUGAUGCAGGCAGAGGAUAGGAAGAAAAUAAAACUGAGUGUGAGUUCCAGCAAAGGCGUGGUGGAGGAAUAUUGUCUGAGAGAGCGACCAAAAGAGGACGCAGCAAAAAUGAAGAACAAAGUGACCAGCACACAAGCAGUGAUUGGUAAGAAGAAGGCCUGGUCGUGGGAACAGUACCUGGGAGAGGAGAAGGCCAUAGCAGUUCCCCUCAGACUGUUCACUGAGGCCCAGUCGUUCCCCUCGAGCAGAAGUGGCUUCAAGGCUGGGAUGAGGCUGGAGGGGAUCGACCCUCUCCACCCCUCCAUGUUCUGUGUCCUGUCUGUGGCAGAGGUGAUUGGCUACCGAUUGCGGCUCCACAUCGACGGCUACUCUGAAUGCUAUGACUUCUGGUUAAACGCCGACUCUGCCGACAUCAGGCCAGCCGGAUGGUGCGAGUCGACAGGACACAAGCUCCACCCACCAAAAGGCUACAACGAAGUCGAGUUUAACUGGGAUAAAUACCAAGAGUCUUGUAACGCUCCAGCUGCACCACAGAAUCUGUUUGAAUCUCAUAACAGUACCACGAGCACCUCUAAGUUUCAGGUGGGCAUGAAACUGGAGGCAGUGGACAGGAAGAACCCGUGCCUGGUGUGUGUGGCCUCGGUGGCCGACAUCGUGGACAAUCGCUUCCUGGUUCACUUUGACAACUGGGACGACACCUAUGACUACUGGUGUGAUGCCAGCAGCCCUCACAUCCACCCAGUGGGCUGGUGCCAGGACCACGGACGACCUCUCACUGCACCUCAGGGACACCCCAAUCCAGAACAUUUCCUGUGGGAGGAGUACUUAGAAGACAAUGGUUCCACGGCAGUUCCAAGCCAGGCUUUCUGUAUGAGAGCUCCUCACAGUUUCCCGGUGAACAUGAAGCUGGAGACGGUGGACAGGAGGAACCCCAUGCUGGUCCGUGUGGCCACCGUCUCAGACACUGAAGACUACAGGGUCAAGAUCCAUUUUGAUGGCUGGCAUGAGAAGUUUGACUUCUGGGUGGACUCUGACCUGCCGGACCUUCACCCUGUGGGCUGGUGUGCCCGGACAGGUCACCCCCUGGAACCCCCCCCCUCACAUGCAGGAUCUUCUGACCUUAAGAGCUCCGUGACCCAGGGAGUGUGUCCCACCCCGGGCUGCAGGGGCGUGGGCCACAUCAAAGGGGCCAAAUACACAGGACACCACAGUGCCUUUGGCUGUCCCUACUCUGACAUCAACAUGAAGAAGGAGGCCGUGCUGCCCGACCGUCUGGGCGGCGAGAAGCAAAUCACCUUUGUCCCUGUGCACUUUGUCCAGAAGACCAAGAGGCUGUGCACCGCCGAUGAUCAGGAGGAAGCCACGCCACCCCAGGAUGUUCCCAUGGAGAACAGGGUAAUGCUGUCGGGGUACGAGGGGGCUUCUCGCCUCAGAGGUCGCCCCCCAGCCAACCCCCUGGUGAAGAGAGAGCCCAGGGAGGAACCAGCCACGGCUCAGGGACAGAAACUGCUUUCUCUGGGGAAGAGAGGCCGGCUACCCAGCAGACUCACAACUAAAUAUCUGCGAGUCAAAGAAGAGGACGAAGAGAUUGACUUGAAUAGCAUGAUCGAAGAGAGCAGUCUGGAUAGCCUGCAGCAGGCCCUCCACCAGUCUGUGUUCCUGUCGGCCAUGUCGGCUCAACCCGGACGGGACCUACCCCUGUGCUGGGAGCAGCACUGCAAGCUGCUGCCUGGGGUGGCCGGAUUGCAGGCCAGCUGCGUGGCCCACUGGACCGUGGAUGAGGUGGCUGACUUCAUCCACUCUCUCCCCGGCUGCGAUGAACAAGCCAAUCAGUUCAAAGGGGAGCAAAUCGACGGGAAGGCCUUGUUGCUGCUGACCCAGCGCGACAUCGUCAAGAUCAUGAGUGUAAAACUCGGCCCUGCCCUCAAGAUCUACAACUCUAUCUUAAUGUUCAAGCACGCUGAGGACAACCAAUCGGCAGCCGGCGACGCCAACACAUGAAGCAUCGGAAGCCACACCCACCAGACCCAUCUUAUGUGUCUGUCAAACACAUAGGUUCCUGCUCCUUCUCUUUGGCCUACAGGCACUUGAGUUCAAGGACUUAAACUAAAGCCGAUACAUGAUCUGUCCAGACCUAUGGACUUUCAGGUUACUGUGUGUGUGUGUGUGUGUGUGUGUGUGUGUGUGUGUGUGUGUCUUGGACACAGCCUCAAUCUGCCUUUAAUACUCAAACGUAGGUGUCAUGAAGGUUAACUCAACAAAACCCGCAUUUCCAGAUAUACAGCACAGUUUUCUAUGUCUUUUACGCUGUAACUUCUCCCUUCUUUACUUUCCCUUACAGAUGUGACAAUCACCACCAACAGUAUAAAGCCAUGACAAACCUGUGCUUUUUCUGGGUCAUCACGGUGCUACGUGUAUUCCGAAUACAAACAGUCUACAUCACAGUACGGGAGUUGACCUCUGGUACCAGUUUACGAUCUCUGUCUACCGACUCAAACUGAGAUGCAUACUGUAAACGUGUCUGCCAUUUUGAUUCUAUUUUGUAUGAAUGUUAAUUAUGAUAUGUUACAGUACUUGUAUGGACUCACCUAUAUUUAUUGUGAAAAAUAUCUAGGUGUUUGCAUAGUUGAAGGAAAUUAAUAUAUUAUAUAUGAGCAAAUUGUUUUUGAAAAUAUCAAAAGGGUUUUUGUUUUAAAUUCAGAAUUUAUUUAAUUUGAUAAUAUUAUUUAAUUUGCAUAUUAGAAGAAUGAAAAAUAAUUUACGUUUAAGGAAAAUGUAAAACCAUGGGAUAGUUUUGAGCUGAAGAUAAUCUAAAUAAGUAUAAUUUCUGUUAUUAUAAUGUUUUAUUAGUUGAGAUAUCUUAGACUUACUUUUUGUGGAAACUGUAACUCUAGAGUCAGUUAACAUGUAUGUUUGUCUUUAUGAACUCUUUGCUCCAUUCGGAUAGACCAGGACCAAUAUUGUCUGUUUAGUUUUUACAUUUUACCAUUGGGGGUAAGUUCUCUCACAGUCACAAUAGGUUGAAGGUGUUUUCUUAUUAUUGAAGAACAGCAUACUUGCUCUUCUGCACAAUUUAAGAGUUUAAUCUUAUAUUUUGCUAUAACUUGGAAUUUAAGCUAUAUACUGAAACAAAUGCUCUAUCAUUUGCUCUCUAGUCUUCAUAUACAUGUUGCUACUAAAAUGCAACCAAACUCCAUUGAAACUUCAGGAAUGUGAAGAAACUUUUCACUGUACUUUCUGCUAUUUUUUUUUUCCUUAUAGGGACUUUCUCUCUAUCCCAAAAUGUUGAGCAUACAGAAAGGUAUAUUUUAUUCUGAUGCUGCUUGUCUUUCUUACUGCUUUAAUGUGUCAGACUGCUGUUUUAGUGCAUGGAAAAUACCGCUUAAUUUUGGUACAACCUCCAAUAUGGAGGUAGAUAUCCACCGAAACAUAUUUAGGAGACUCACAAUCUAUUUGGGGUGAUAUCUACCUUCAUUUAUCGCUCCCUUAUCUAUGAAAAUGACAACUAAUUUAACCGUGAAUAUAUGGGCUGUACAUAUUUGUAAACCCUGUUUCUUACACGGAAUUAACACUUUGUACAACUCGAUGGAUUCAUAUUACGUGAUUUCACAACCCAAAUAAACAGUGCAAAGGCC